CUCGCUCCAAUUCUGCACUCCCGGCUCUGGGAUAAGGACCAGCAGCACCUCGGCCUGAAGGGGCGCUCGCUCUUGUGGCCACGGCCCCACCCAGGGCAAGCGCCACCUUGAUUCUACCACCCGUGCUCCUCCCUUAGCAAGAUGUCGGCGAGCGCACUUCCGGCGUGUGUCCUUACGGGUGCGUCCGGGCGGCUGCAGCAGGUGCCACUCAGAGCGUUCCGACCUCUUUGCGCGCACACACACUAGAGCGAUGAUGGCCGGCAGACAGCACGGCUGGAGCCGGGCCGCUCUUUUCCAGCUCCUUUUUGUCUUGAACCUGAUGGUGAUGCCACUCACCCAGGCCCGGAGUCUGCGCUUCGUUACCUUGCUUUAUCGACACGGAGACCGUUCGCCUGUGAAGACAUAUCCCAAGGACCCCUAUCAGGAAGAGGAAUGGCCCCAGGGGUUUGGUCAACUAACCAAGGAAGGGAUGCUACAGCACUGGGAGCUGGGCCAGGCUCUGCGGCAGCGCUACCAUGGCUUUCUAAACACCUCUUAUCACCGUCAGGAGGUGUAUGUGCGAAGCACCGACUUUGACCGUACUCUCAUGAGUGCUGAGGCCAACCUGGCUGGACUUUUCCCUCCCAAUGGGAUGCAGCGGUUCAACCCUAACAUAUCAUGGCAGCCUAUCCCUGUUCACACUGUGCCCAUCACGGAGGACAGGCUGCUAAAGUUUCCGUUGGGCCCGUGUCCCCGUUAUGAGCAGCUGCAGAACGAGACUCGGCAGACACCAGAGUAUCAGAAUGAGAGUAUUCGGAAUGCACAAUUUCUGGACAUGGUGGCCAAUGAGACAGGACUUACAGACCUGACUCUGGAGACUGUCUGGAAUGUCUAUGACACACUCUUCUGUGAGCAAACCCAUGGGUUACUCCUGCCACCCUGGGCCUCACCCCAAACCAUGCAGCGUCUGAGCCAGCUAAAGGACUUCAGCUUCCGCUUCCUCUUCGGGAUCCAUGAGCAGGCAGAGAAGGCCCGGCUUCAGGGGGGAGUCUUGCUGGCUCAGAUACGGAAGAACCUGACUCUAAUGGCAACUACCUCCCAACUCCCUAAGCUGCUAAUGUACUCUGCGCAUGACACUACCCUGGUUGCUCUGCAAAUGGCACUGGAUGUCUACAAUGGUGAACAAGCCCCCUAUGCCUCCUGCCACAUAUUUGAACUCUACCAAGAAGAUAACGGGAAUUUCUCCGUGGAGAUGUACUUUCGGAAUGAAAGUAAGAACAACCCCUGGCCACUGAUCCUGCCUGGCUGCCCUCACCGCUGCCCGCUGCAGGACUUCCUUCACCUCACAGAGCCUGUCGUGCCCAAGGACUGGCAGCAGGAGUGCCAGCUGGCAAGCAGUACUGCAGACACAGAGGUGAUCGUGGCCUUGGCCGUCUGUGGCUCCAUACUCUUCCUUCUCAUAGUGCUGCUCCUCACCGUCCUCUUCCGGAUGCAGGCCCAGCCUCCUGGCUACCGCCACAUUGCAGAUGGGGAGGACCAUGCCUGACAACCACUCAGCCCCCUUCCCUCUGCCUCCUAGGGGAGGUGGGCUGGGCCCUGUUCCUGACUGUUGCUGCUCCUCAGCCUAUGGACGGGAGACCCUGGGUUGGGCCUCCUUAAUUACACCAGCCCAGACGAGCAAGUGGGGCUUGGCUUGGCCCACGGUACCUGUUCACUCAGCAUUCACAUGCCUGAUGUUCACCAAGUACUGUGUUGGACAUUGGCUUUCUCCAAACAGGAUUUGCCUCUUCCAUAUUCCCUAAGGACCUGAGAUGUAGACAAGCAUUCGGGUGUCACUCAGGACCUGGGAUAAAAAUAACUGAAGGAGUCGGUGCUUGAUCUGCCUUGCUCUUCCACCAAGCCCUGCUCUUUAUCUUCCAGCCUGGAGUCUUUGGCAAAUGGGUCACCGGACAUCAUCUUGCCUCUCAGUGCUUAUUUAGAGGGAAAAAUUGCACAACUCUGGGGGUACACAACAUUUGCUACCAAGGACCUGGAUCCCCAACAACCAGCCAACCAAGUUUUCCUUUGUCCAGCUGAAGCUACCAUUAGUGUCAAUGGUUCAGGCACUUCUGUCACCCCUUGGUGACUUGAGCAGGUCUGGAAGGGUGUUUGUAUUGUACGGGGAGGGAGUUGGGGAGGGGGAGGGAGCAAGUCAUACAGAAUCAUGAAAAUACUCCCUCAGCUGGAUGGGGCUCUCCAGGGACUUGCGGUAAAUGCAGGUGGCGAGCUGGAUAGCUCGAUUGUGGCACAGAAUAAGGCUGAGGUAGCUCCCGGAGAAUGAAGUUUUGGACUAUAAAUGCUGGUUUUGUGCCUUUUCUUCAUUUCUGAGACCCCAGGAGCCCUGUGACCAGGUCAGUGCCAUAUCUACUCAGAAGCUCAGUUGGGUAUGGUUUUAUUGUCCUUGUCAAUAGUGAGUACAAACCUAAAAAACAUGCCCUGAUCACUCAGCCACCACCUAUCAAAAAGGAGAAAAGUACUUUAGCUUUAGGGUAAGCUUGGCUCCAGGCUAGAUAUAAUAGGGACUCCUAGGGUAGCUGGCUCACCCUAAGUUUCUGGAGCUGUCAAAAGCAGUAACAUCCCAAUGUCCCAGUACCAGUCCCACAGUGCCAAUCUUCAGUCCUAAGACUUGGAUACUUUUGGCCCAUUAACAGAUAGCUGCCUCUUCAUAGCACUCAUGUCCAUUUGUGGCCUCCUAGCCGUUGGCUGUGCCCACACUUUCUUCAAUGUCUCUCAUUUUCAUUCCUCAGAUUAGCCUCCUCCUGGCUCCAAAUGAGAAUGUGAUAACCUAGAAGGAAUAAGAACAGUCUGAUUUAUACCUUCCACUGUCAGUCUGAGAGCUUGGGGCUGGUCCAGGGAACGUAGGUCUUGGUAAGGAAAUGCUAGGAAACUGGAUAGCAACCAGGCAUUGCCAUGACCAAGACAAAGCAAGAUGGAUAGAGGGCCUGGGCCAGGAGACCACUGUCUCCCAGUCAUCUUCAUUGGCUUCUGCCCAGGGGUGAAUGUGGAAGGGCUAAAUUGAGCUAAGCCUGCACUAAAACUUGGGGAGUAGUGUUGGGCUUGACCAGUCCAAGAUACACCUGCUUCUACUCACCCAUGGCAGAGGCCAGUGUGUCCCCCAUGGGGUUGAAUUCGUUGAGCUGCAGAGACAAGAGUAUCAGCAUGAAGAGAGGGUAAAGGUAUUGGCAGAGACAGAAGGGCACACAGAACUAAUUUCUGGUCAGUGAGGUAGGUUGAACCCCUGCUUCCUCCCAUCAUUUGCGUGCCCAAGCCUCACCGAAAUGAUACCAGAAGAUUCUGGGUCAUAGAGCUGACACAUCAUCUUCCCAGAGCUUCCAUCAAACACAUCAAUCGUCCUUAAUUCAUAGGGGGCACAACUUUUGAAAUUAGGAUCUGGGUAUCGGCCCACAACAAUGAGGUUGUACCGAGGAUGCCAGGUUGCCUAGGAGAUGGAGAGAUUGAUCACAAGAAUAAAUGCAGAACCCUGUUAAGAGGGACAUUAAAAGUACUCUUUGUGGGGCUGGGGAUGUAGCUCAGUGGUAGAGUGCUUGCCUAGCACAUGCGAGGCCCUGGGUGUCAUCCCCAGUACUGCAAAAAAGGUAUUCUUUGCCACUAACAAGACUGUAACUUAACUAAUGGGAAAACUAAUGGUUUUCAACUGUGUGUGCAUCUACCUUUGCAAAUUUUUAAUUUCCAGCUGGCCUCCCUUGCCCUUAAGACACAUUCACACCUUCAACCUCUUUUGCAUUUCUUGAGAUAAUUCCAACUGAUAAAUGUGGUUUUCCUGUUUUCUUUGCAGUGCUGGGGAUCAAAGGCAGGGCCUUAUGAAUGCUAGGGAAGUACUAUACCACUAAGCAACACCCCUAGUGCUUGAUAAAUGAUGAGUGUUUUAUUAUCAGCCUGGCCCAGGCAUAAACUUAGGAGGUGAGCCUUUAACAACACAGAAGCCUCUGGUGACCAAAACCAAAUAGGAUAUAAGUUCUGACGUAACUCCACUACUAAACCUCCUCUAGCCACAUGAAUAACAGUAUAAAAUUGCUAAUGAUGCCAAGUAAAGUGGCAUCUGCCUGUAAUCCCAGCCAUUCAGGAGCCUGAAGAAAAGAGAAUCACAAAUCUGAGGCUAGCCUGGGCAACUUAGUGAGACCUGGUCUCAAAAUAAAUAAAAAGGGCUGGGAAUGUAGCUCAGUGGUAGGGUGACCCUGGGUUCAAUUCCCAGCACCAAAGUAGGAUAGGAUAGGGUCGAGUAGAGUAGGGAAAAGUAGGGUACGGUAGGGUAGAGAAAAUUACUAAUGGCUGAAAAAAGAGAGGAAACCCAUUUUCUCCAGCUUACCCCACCCCAAACAAAUCUGGUAUUCAUUGGAAUGACAGAAUUGGAUGGGAUCUUUAUUUUAAUUUUUGGUACUGGAGAUUUAAACUGGGGUGCUUUAUCACUGAGUCAUA